AUGGCAGCGGGGCCGUGGGGCUGGGGGCCGGCGGCGCUGGCGCUGGCGCUCGCGCUGCUGCUCGCGCUGCUGCUCGGUGGCGCGCGCCGCCUGCGGCGCCGUUACGCGGUCGACGGAGCUCGCGCCUCCCUGAGGGGAAGAGCGGCGGCGCGGGCGGAUGGCGUCCGCGCGUUGCUGGUGACGGCGCACCCUGAUGACGAAGCGAUGUUCUUCGCCCCCACGGUGCUCGGCUUGGGCAGGGCCGGCGCCCGCGCCGCGGUGUUGUGCUGCUCCGCAGGAAAUUAUUACAAUCAAGGAGAGAUUCGUAAGAAAGAGCUGGAACAGAGUUGUUUUCUUCUGGGGAUUCCUGCUUCUGAUGUAACAGUCGUUGAUCACAGGGAUCUUCCAGAUAAUCCUGCUGUUGAAUGGGACACGCAGCUCCUCGCCGCCUUUGUGCUAAAGCAUAUAGAAGCCAAUAACAUCAACCUGGUGGUAACCUUUGAUGCGGGAGGAGUGAGUGGCCAUGCUAACCACAUUUCUCUUUACACUGCUUUAAGGUACCUUCAUUCAGAGCGGAAGUUACCUGAAGGGUGCCAUGUGCUCGUGCUUGAAUCAGUAAAUCUCUUCCGGAAGUACAUCUCCAUCCUGGAUGUACCUGUUUCGUGCCUCCUGCCCAGAGAUGCACUCUUCAUACUCACAGAGGAGGAGACUGAACAAGCCAGGAGAGCCAUGCGGUGUCAUCGCAGCCAGCUCCUCUGGUUUCGCCACAUCUAUAUGCUUUUCUCACGUUACAUGGUGAUCAAUUCACUCCGCCUUCUGUAAAAGAGAUGCUGCUCACAACUUCAGGAGUAAAAGAAUGAGCAAAAAAAAGACCA